GCCCUUAGAGCAUGAAAAGGUCAUCGUGGAGGUUGCAGAGCUGCUCCGUAGCGCCUGCAGCACUGAGCUGACAUCUUUGGAGGUGUCAUUGCGGCGGAGUGGAGCCAGCGAGGCUUCACGGAUUUUUCCGCUGACUUGCCCACUGCCGUCUUCGCCUUCGGUGCAAGAAGGCCAUCAUCAAGUUGGUCUCAGCCUGCUGGCAUGGAUGGCCAGUUCGUUUUUCCUGCUGUGGUGCUUCCAUUUCUUGGAGGUGAAGGCCGGCCUACAGCGCCGCAAUCCGCUGCUUUGGCUCAGAAGCUUCGGGGCGGUGGCAGCCGGUCUUCUGGUGAUCUCCGACUCAGGGCUUUGUCGCAGGCCCACGAACUGGACAAAGCAGGCCUUUCAGGCGGGUUUGGGACUCCACGGGGCAGCGGUGGCCGAGGCCGUGGGCGUGGCCACGAGGCCGAAAACCUCCAAGUUCGCUUGCAUUGCAGUGGAACAUGCCGCAGCCGCGACCAGCCUAGUGCUAGCACUGUGGGGAUACUGUUCUGAUUCCAGAGGUCUUCUGCUGGGAUUGCUUCCCGAAGUGUCAUCCGUCCCUUCCAGGCUCGUCUCGUCCCUGGGCUGUCGCAGGCGGACAGUGCUGGAGCCAGCCUUGGCUCUCGCCCUCCUUGCUCGGGUGGUGCCGGUUUUCCUUCCCACGGAGGCGAACUUCGUGCGAGUGCUCGCAGUGCUUUCCUGCGUAGCUUGGCUGUUGAGGCUUCCAAGCUUGGUCGCCGAGGCAAAGCCGGAGCCGGCACAUGCUGGUGCCGAGCUAGAACUGGGACUUCUGCGAGGCGAGCUUCACGCAGCCGAAACUGCGCAGGAGCCAUGUCGUUUGAUGAUCCAUGAUGUCAUCUACGAUGUGACUGAUUUUCUGCAGGACCACCCGGGCGGGGCGGCGCCGUUGCGGCGCCUUGCUGGCCAGGAUGCGACAGAUGCGUUCAUGGCGGUGGGGCACUCGGAGGCAGCCCGGCGGCUGCUUCAGAGCUUUGAGAUAAGACCUUCCGAAGGUCGCCUGGGACUCUCAGCUCAGUCUCAGCCUGAGUACGAUCUGACCCAGCAGCCAGCUGGCAUUUGGGCCUCCCUGCGGCGGCUACUCGUGUUGACUGCCUCCGUUUUCCUCAUGCUGGGCAUGCAGACUGCCCUGAGCGACGGUCAGGAACUUGAGGCACCAGCGCCAGCACCGGCACUGUUGGGCAUGGGUGUGACUGCAGCCAUGGCCCAGCUCUUCUUCUGGGGAGUUCUGCCAGCGAGCUGGCAGGAGCCGGUUCGGCAUCGCCCGCUGCUGAUCCCAGGCCUCUGCCAAGUUGCGCUGACGAUGACAAUGCACAUGACAUCCUUUCCGGUGCUGGCUCUUGGUGCUGCUCUGGGCUUUUUGAUGCAUGCUGGCAGAACGGAGGGUCCUGCCUCGCCCAGUGCUUUGGGCACUGUUGCCUGGGCCCUUCUUUUCCAGGCUUGCCUGCCUACGACUUCCGUGCAGCCGAGAGGGGCAGGGGACUGCAUGCAGGAAGGAAUGGAAGGCAUUCUGAGACCCUCCUUGGCAGUGCUUUGCUCGGCUUUGGCACUCCAGGGCCUGCACCGGCCCCAGGGCCCAGGUCUUGGCAGGUCUGGAAUGGCAGGAGUGUGCGCUACGGUGCUGGCGGGGCUCAGGAUCGCAGGUGCAACAGCGACUUGCCUUUGGAUCUUGCUGAAGCAGCUGCAGGUGGGAGCAGCAGCCAGCCACCUCGACGCCCUGGCCGGUGCUCUGCGCAGCGGCGCCUCGAUGCUUCUGCUUGGGCUUGUGCAGGCGGCCGCAGCAGAUGCUUCCGAGGAGUUUGGUGCUGGCUUCGUCAGUGGCUGGCUCUCUGCAACCGUCGGAUCCCUUGCUGCACUGCUAGGGCUUGGGCAAGACCGGCGGCUGGGCCUGACCUUGUUGGCCUGGUUCCUGCACCUUCAUCGCUCUGCGGCAGAUCUGGCAACGAGGAUUGCCGAGAAGAGCCGGCCCGGAGAAGGGAGUGCGGCCCCGCCGGAGGCUUCCUUGAGGUUGCUGUUCCUGAUCGACAACUUCAGGUCUCUAGUAGCCAUGGCAGUGUGGAGCUUUCUCGGCCGCCCACUGGAGAGGCUGGUAACAUGGAUUCUGCCGGGCCGUCUCCGCGUCUUUGCCUUCGAGGCUCCCAUCGACGACUUGGGUGGUCUCUUGCAGGCUGGGGUGUGUCUGAUGUUGGAGGGUUCCAGCCUUACUGAGUCUCCGUCUCCCGGCCACGUCGUCUGUAAUGUCGGUCACCUGCCCACUGCUGACGACGAGGACUUGAGGGCGACAGUGCGUUCGUCCCUCAAAAUCAUGGAAGAGCUUUCGGGUGUGAAGGCCGCCUUGCGUACCAAAGAGGUGCAGGUGGCAGCACAUCCAGCUGCAGAUGGAUUUGUGGCCAACCUGCUGUGCGUCCUGCCGAAACCUGGCAGGCGAGGGAUAGUGCAUCCGGGUUGGCAAUCCGUCCGUGAAGUGAACCUUUCAGUCUGGUCGACAGAAGAAGCCGCCGUGUCCUGGUAUCGCCAGUCAGAUGCCCAUGCUGCUAUCCUUUCGCAGCACAAAGAGGGCAAGCUUAGGACUUUCGGCAACCUGUUGCUGACGCUGAACGCGACAAAGGUCGCUUGGCAGCGGCGCUGCAAAGCCUGUGCCGCGGUGGUCGAGGGAUUCGCGCAGGGAAGGUGCCACCGCUGCGGUGCCGCGACUUACGACCUGCCAGCCUUUUGA